AUGCAGGACAAGAUCGCUCGCACCGAUCUUGGACUCACGACAGAGUACGAUAGCAUCGUAUCUCGCCUGCUAGUGGCUCAUUACGCCGCCGCAAUGAUACACCGAACAGGUAUCCUAGGUCAAUUCCUUCACGUGGAACCGGAACAAGAUCCUAACGACGACCACGAACGGGCAGGCCCUACGGCCAUAGAGUAG